GUCCAGUGGCUGUUGACACACGUAGUGUUAUUCCGUUCACGAUCCCGUAGAGCCGCGUUAGCUUUUAUUUUUGAGUUUAUUGUAUACAUUUUUUUUUUUAAUGGAAAGCUUAGAGGAGGCACGGGUUGUGUGUGAAUCUGGCAUGACUCCUAUUAGAUAAAAAUAAAUCCCGGAAAUCAGGACCCUUAGCACGCGCAACACCAGUCCUAUGUCGUCCGUCGGUGGUAUUGUUGUGUUUUUUCUUAGCGUUUUUUCCCGUCGGGUUUCGUUUAAUAUUUAUUGAGUUUUUUGCGGAUAAUUCUCCAACACAAAAUGGAUAAAAACAUCUAUGGAAAGAUACAGCCCCAACAAUAUCACGGCACAUAUCAACCGUACCGGUGUACCAGGAAAAACGGUUCCAAACCGGGUUACGCUUUGUUGGCUGAUUUGCAAAGCACCAUAAAGCAAGGCAACAAGGCGAACGGUGGCGUCCACGGAGGUUAUGGCAGUAUCAACGGCUUGAAACCUCGUCUUCCUCCGGCCGGUUCGCCGGCGGUAACCAGUAGUCCGGUUUCACCUGCUGACUAUGCUACCGUACGGUCGCACAAAAUUGAACGGUCAACGUCAAACCCGACAGUCCGGCAAGAAUUAUCGCCUACACAGCCCAAGAAUGAGUUAAAAUCAUCAAAAAUGACUUCAUCGUUAAACAACAAUCUGUCUGAACUUGAUACGCUACUUCAAGAUCUAAGUAAUUCGCGAUACGCGGAUAACAAAAAAUAUGUCAAUGGAGAUUCAUAUUCCUUUCCAGUUAGAACCACCAGUACCAUUCCCAAUCGCCCUUCAGUCGACUCUCUCUUAGAUGAAUUAGAUACGUCAAUUUCUUCUCAAAGCAAUAAUGGUCAAAUACUUAAGAAAUUAAUGAUGGAAGAAACUACUACGACAACCACUCGCACAGUGUGUCCUACUGCUUCUUCGGCUACUCGCGAACUGGACGACCUGAUGGCAUCACUUUCGGACUUCAAGGUUUCCAGUCCGGUACAAGCUAGCCACGCGACGGAGACGGUUGAUUCGGCUGCGCCGUUGGAUUGUAUGCUGGGAAGCUUGACGGCCGAAAUGAACCGCCAAGGGGUGAACACCACGCAAAAGGGCUGCUGUACGGCUUGCGACAAGGCGAUCGUCGGCCAGGUGAUAACGGCCCUGGGCAAGACUUGGCACCCGGAGCACUUCAUCUGCACUCACUGUUCGCAAGAGUUGGGCACACGCAACUUUUUCGAACGCGACGGCCAUCCGUAUUGCGAACCCGACUAUCACAACCUGUUCUCGCCCAGGUGCGCCUACUGCAACGGACCCAUUCUGGACAAAUGCGUGACCGCGCUGGAGAAGACCUGGCACACAGAACACUUCUUCUGCGCUCAGUGCGGCAAACAGUUCGGCGAGGAUGGUUUCCACGAACGGGACGGGCGUCCCUACUGCCGGGACGACUACUACGACAUGUUCGCCCCCAAAUGCGGAGGGUGCUCCCGACCGAUUAUGGAGAACUACGUGUCGGCGUUGUCCACCCAGUGGCAUUCCACCUGUUUCGUGUGCAGGGAUUGCCGGAUGCCGUUUGUCAGCGGCCAGUUCUUCGAUCACGAGGGUCAGCCCUACUGCGAGACCCACUACCACGCCAAAAGAGGGUCUCUGUGCGCCGGUUGCCACAAGCCCAUUGCCGGUCGCUGCAUAACAGCCAUGUUCAAGAAGUUCCACCCCGAGCACUUUGUGUGCGCCUUUUGCCUGAAGCAACUCAACAAGGGCACGUUUAAGGAGCAGAACGACAAGCCAUAUUGUCACAUGUGCUUCGAGAAGCUUUUCGGUUGAACGCUUAUAUUAUUAUCGACAAAUAUUAUCUAUAUUGUAUUAUUAUUAUUAUGUAUUCCCCUCAAUACCUUUUCUAUAUUAUGUAUUGUUGUAAAAACGAAAGCUACUUUUAUGUUGUUUUAUUAUGUACUUGUGUAGUACACGCAACGCAUUUGGUGUACUUCAUACAGCAGCGACGGUCACUAUUAUUUAUUGAUAGUUAUUAACUAUAAUUAAUUACUUAAAUUCAAUUAAUCCAAUUUUAAUUCAUUGAUAAUAAUGAAGGUUCUGUCUCGAAUAUUUUUAAUUAAUGUUUACACGCUUUUAUUAAUAUUUUAUAUCCGCAGUGCUAACAAAAAUAUUCAUUUUCAUUAGUCCUAGGUAUAUAUUGUAUGCCUAGGACAUUUUAUUUAUGCCAUCCCUACCUCUAGUUAUUUUCUGCUUCCGUUACAAUGUCAUUCUUCAUUCCACCUCUAAAUCGAUGUCCCAGGAUUUAUAAAAGUAUCUAUACCUGUACGGUUCUAACAUUGUUAAGGGCAUUCCAAAUCGGCUUAGGAACGUUAGUGUUAUUAUGUUUGUGUUGUUGUAAUAAUAUAGUAUUGUACAAAGUGUAUGUAUGUUAAGGAUGGGUAAAUUUUAAGUAAUUGUGUGCAUGAAUGAAACCAAUUUAAUUAUUGUUGUUAUAAUAUGUUAUGAACAGAAAUGUAUAUAAACUGUUUAUACUUUUUCUAUCCUAAUCGUUUUCUUAUUUAAUUACUAUUUUUGUUUUUGAGAAUUUUGCUUGCAUCUUGCUAUUAAAAUGGCAAUCUAUCCUGGGAUGUCAUUUUAUUUCAAAUUUGACUCGACAAUCUUUGUCAAAUACAUAUUUAUGUAUUAUUUUAAUUGAAACUUACACAUAAUACAUUAUUUAAACCAUAAGUACUAUGCACGAAAUGAAGUAUAACCAUAAUAAUAAUUUAAUUUUACAGCAAUAAUUGUUUAAUUAAAACUUUAAAACGACCAAACAAACAUAUAAUAUUU